AUGCGUGAAAUCGUGCACAUUCAAGCUGGUCAAUGUGGCAAUCAAGUUGGUGCCAAGUUCUGGGAGGUGAUCUCGGAUGAGCAUGGAAUUGACCCAACAGGCAGUUACCAUGGCGAUUCAGACCUUCAAUUGGAACGAAUCCGUGUGUACUACAAUGAGGCGAGCGGCGCCAAGUAUGUGCCACGAUGCAUUCUGGUGGACCUGGAGCCUGGCACCAUGGAUAGCGUGCGCGCAGGUCCGUUUGGACAACUUUUUCGACCUGACAACUUCGUGUUCGGUCAGAGUGGCGCAGGAAAUAAUUGGGCGAAGGGUCACUACACAGAGGGUGCAGAACUGGUGGACGCGGUGCUUGAUGUAGUGCGCAAGGAGGCCGAGUGUUGCGACUGUCUUCAAGGCUUCCAACUCACUCACUCUCUUGGUGGUGGCACUGGUUCUGGCAUGGGCACCCUCCUUAUUUCCAAGAUUCGCGAGGAGUACCCUGACCGCAUCAUGAUCACCUUCUCUGUGGUGCCCUCCCCCAAGGUGUCGGAUACAGUAGUGGAACCGUAUAAUGCCACGCUCUCGGUGCACCAACUGGUGGAAAACACCGACCAGACCUUCUGCAUUGACAAUGAGGCGCUCUACGAUAUUUGCUUCCGCACACUAAAGCUAACUAAUCCCACCUAUGGAGAUCUCAACCACCUCGUCUCCGCCACUAUGUCGGGCGUGACUACGUGCCUGCGUUUUCCGGGUCAACUGAAUGCCGAUUUGCGCAAACUGUCUGUCAACAUGGUGCCCUUCCCGAGACUGCACUUCUUUAUGCCCGGCUUUGCGCCGCUUACAAGCCGUGGUAGUCAACAGUACCGCGCUCUCACUGUGCCCGAGCUGACGCAACAGAUGUUUGACGCGAAGAACAUGAUGGCCGCUUGCGAUCCUCGACAUGGCCGCUACCUCACUGUCGCCGCAAUCUUCCGCGGCCGCAUGUCCAUGAAGGAGGUGGAUGAGCAGAUGUUGAACGUGCAAAAUAAAAACUCCAGUUACUUCGUGGAGUGGAUCCCCAACAAUGUCAAAACUGCAGUAUGCGAUAUUCCACCACGGGGACUGAAGAUGUCAGUCACCUUCAUCGGUAAUAGCACGGCUAUCCAAGAACUCUUCAAACGUGUAAGUGAGCAAUUCACAGCCAUGUUCAGACGCAAGGCCUUCCUACACUGGUACACCGGUGAGGGUAUGGAUGAGAUGGAAUUCACCGAAGCAGAAUCCAACAUGAACGAUCUUGUGAGUGAGUAUCAGCAGUACCAGGAUGCCACAGCAGAUGAUGAAGGAGAAUUCGAUGAAGAUGAGGAUGCGAUUCAGGAGACUGACUAA